GGCCUAAUAGGAUCAUCAGGCUGGAUCAGUUCAUCAGGCUGGGUAGAAACAUCAUGCUGGGUAGAGGCAUCAGGCUGAAUGGAGGCAUCAGGCUGAGUAGAGGCAUCAGGCUGAGUAGAGGCAUCAGGCUGAGUAGAGGCAUCAGGCUGAGUAGAGGCAUCAGGCUGAGUAGAGGAAUCAGGCUGGGAACAGACAUCAGGCUGGGUACAGACAUCAGGCUGGGUACAGACAUUAGGCUGGGUAGAGGCAUCAGGCUGGGUACAGACAUCAGGCUGGGUACAGACAUCAGGCUGGGUACAGACAUCAGGCUGGGUACAGGCAUCAGGCUGGGUACAGGCAUCAGGCUGAAGUGCGGACGGCAGGCUCACCGGUUUGGAUACUGGCAGGAUGGUAUUGGUUGGAAAGGAUUUUCGCUUUUUUCUGGUUUUAACUACUGGAGCACUGCAAGUAAACGCAGGUCUGCAAACGAAUGGAGCAGCUGGAGACAGAGAAGAGCUGGAGGAUGGAACAGGGGAGGGAACAGUUGCUACAAAGGGCUUUUUUACAGGGUUAAAGGCAGGAUAGGUGCAGCGAGUGGGAACAGGGUACUGACAUGCGGUAGAUAGCAGGGCAGGAGGAGCUGUUGGGAAUGCAGGAAUAGAGCUUUGAGGAAAUAGAUUAGAAGCAGGACUGGGUUUUUGUAAGCUGACUGAGGCUGGGUGCAACAAAUCUGUCCAUGUCUGCAGUAUGGGUUGAACAAAGCUGAGCUUACACAAAGCCUGUCUGACCAAAGACUGCACUGCGUUUAUACAAUCCCUUAAUACCUGUGGUGAACAUGCAGCAUAAUGCUCCAAGAAGCAAUCCACAUCAUCCUCUAAUAACCAUACCAGGGACUCUACCUGGUCUGCACUAAAUGGUGGCAAAAAGUCAUUCUUGCUUUCAGGGGUACCAGAUGAAGCCAACUCUACACAAACCUGAAUCAAAGGUUGCACCUUAGAGAACUCUGUGCCCUGAUCUACUAGAACAUGAGCGAUCCGUAUACAUUCUAGCAUUUCAUCUCGGGUAUACUCCCUCAGAGUCUGAUAAGCAUAUUCUCUGUCAUCAAACACUAGCAGAGAUAAAUACACAACCUCAUCAAGAUCCAUCUUUCCCA